UAAAUAAAAUAAUUCAUAUGAAUUAUGUCAUAGAGUUGUAAUAAUGCAUGUAAUUUAAAAAUAAAAUCAAGAUUAUGAUUUUGGAAAAAAUAAGACGUGUAACUAGCCUGGGCACUUCCUGAAGAAAAAAAACAUCCGUGGUAGAACCCGGAAGUUGAUAGGUGAUAACGACGAGGAUGUUUGUCGUAACAAGCACGGUGUAUCCAACUUCGAAGCUUAUUUGUCAAUAAUUUGAACAGUGUAUAAAAUUACAUGGCUCGAGAUCAAUAAAGAUGCCUUUGACUGAGACUCCCAGCGCUACAUGACAGGCAUUAAGAUACCUCCCCUAACAGUCGCACUUUGACACACAUUAUGUUGCUGACAGCCUACCUGGCCUUCAUAGUUCUAGUGGCGCUAUGUGUUGGCCUGGAGCUCACUGCACGUCGCCUCACCCCACAACAACCCACACCAUCUGCCGUGGGCACCAACCCUGCCUUCCGCCGCUUCCAGACCCUGUUUCUCAGAGGCUACCUUCUGGCCCUGUGGGCCGACUGGUUGCAGGGGCCAUACCUAUACAAGCUCUAUCGUCACUACAGCUUCCUGGAGUCCCAGAUAGCCAUUCUGUAUGUGGUUGGCCUGGCCUCCUGCGUGCUGUUUGCCCCUGUGGCUGGCUGGCUACCUCAGGUCCUGGGACGCAGACAGACCUGCCUGAUCUUCUGCCUGGCUUACUCAGCCUGUUGCCUCACCAAGCUAUCCCGGGACUACUUUGUACUCAUCGUGGGUCGCGUCCUCGGAGGCCUGUCCACGUCCCUGCUCUCCACAGCCUUCGAGGCCUGGUACGUGCACCGCCACGUGGACACCCACGACUUCCCCAAAGAAUGGAUCCCCAGCACCUUCACCAAAGCUGCCAGCUGGAAUCACGGGCUGGCGGUGGCGGCCGGACUGGUGGCUAACAUGCUGGCUGAGUGGCUCCACCUGGGGCCCGUGGCCCCCUUCCUCCUGGCUGUACCCUGUCUAGGGGCCUGUGGUUGGGUGGUGCUGACUGACUGGGGCCUGGAGGAGAAGGAAGGGGACCUGGUGGGGGACAUCAACAAGACACCUUUGCUGGGCCCUUCUAGUUCAGCCCCCCUGGCUCGGGUGUCAGCAUGGGCCCGGUUUUGGCGCAGCUGUCAGGAAGGUCUUCGCUGUCUCUUGUCAGACCGACGGGUGAUGCUGCUGGGCGGAGUCCAGGCUCUGUUUGAGAGUGUCCUCUAUAUAUUUGUCUUCCUGUGGACCCCGGUCCUAGACCCCCACGGCCCUCCACUGGGCAUCGUCUUCUCCUGCCUGAUGGCAGCAAGUAUGGCAGGCUCCCUGCUCUACCGCCUGGCAACCUCCUCACGCUACCGCCUCCAGCCUGGGCACCUCCUCUGCUUUUCCAUGCUGCUCGCUUUUUUCUCCUUCUUUAUGCUGACUUUCUCCACUUCCCCGGGUCAGCCCAGACCACGUGAAUCCUUGUUGGCCUUCCUGCUGCUGGAGCUGGCCAGUGGCCUCUACUUCCCCACUGUCAGUUUCCUCCAGGGCAGGGUGAUCCCUGAGGAGAAGAGGGCCGGAACUCUAGCCUGGUUCAGGCUCCCUCUGCACCUGCUGGCCUGCCUGGGGCUGCUGGCCCUCCACGGGGAGGUGUCAGGAACCGGAGGGGGGGAGAGUGGCAGUGGGACCCGGCAUAUGUUUGGGGGCUGUGCUGUAAUGAUGCUAGCCGCCCUUUUGGCUGUAGUCAGUCUCUUUACUCUAGGAAGGAAUGACGUGGAUCUCAGGCUAGAGGGACCAAAAGGGGAGGGAGAGAUGUGACACCGACAUUCCUAACAUGUGACUGUCCCAACAGUGGGUACUGAUAUGAAGGAGAACCGUUACUGCUUUGUUGACAGUGAUGAAUAUUGAUUUGGAAAGUGACGAUCAACUUUUGUGAGGAUUCAAAACAGACAAUCAACCCGGUUGCUGAUAUUAAACAGUGAUUUUAAAUGAUCUGGUGACAGGGAGGUGUAUAUUUCUAGUUACAAUAUUUCCUGAUGUUUGUUUUUACUUGGCACUAGCAGGCAUCAUGCUGUAAUAUGGGGUAUUUGUUUAUUUCGAGUUAUUGUGCUGCAGCCUGCGCCAUCUUUAAUGUUGGCCUUGUGAAGCGCACACAUGAGCUUGAGUAAUAGUAUUGUGCCAGUAGGUGGCAGAAAGGUUGCUGCAGUAGGUUCCUUGCUUUUCAGGCUGCACGUCAUGGCAGCGUAGUGUUUAUCAACUGCGUUGUGUUUUAAGAUGUACCACUCAGCCAUACCAAAACAAGACUUAUAACACAAGCACAGCUGCUUACUCCUGCAGAAAUAUCCCCAGCUUUAUCACACACUGGAGUUCUUGUCCUUGUCAGUAAUGUCCGAAAUGAUAAUUUUUUUUUAGAAAUGACUUAAAUGGACCAAUAUUGGGUCAUUCCGUUAUACUAAUACUAGUUCUGUUUUAUAAGCCGUUGCCAUUUUGAGACAGGUACAUUAUAAUGGAAGAUUCAUCUUUAUUGAUGUUUAUUUAUGUUUAGAUUCUGAAUGCUUACGGAAUGUCUUGGAGCAGCAAGGGUUUUUGUUAUUUCAUUUCUCAGUCAGUGAAAAAAGGAAUAAAUAAGAUUUAAUACUG